AUGAGCUUCGCUACCCAGUCCGGCAAGGCCCAGCUCCUUGAGAAGCAUGACAACGACGUCGUUAUCUGCGGUGCUUACCGCUCGCCUGUGACGCGUGCCAAGAAGGGCGGUCUGGCGCAGGCGGCGCCUGAGGAGGUCCUGGGUCUUGUACUCAAGGGCCUGCUCGCCAAGACGGGCGUGGAUGUGUCCAAGAUCGAGGACGUGGCAGUGGGCAAUGUCCUUCCCCCUGGUGGUGGUGCCACGGGUGCGCGCCAGGCGGCGCUCUGGGCCGGCAUCCCCAACACGGCCUCGGUCAACACCGUCAACCGACAGUGCUCUUCGGGUCUGGCCUCGGUGAACCAGAUUGCCAACGAGAUUAUCACUGGCCAGAUUGACGUCGGUAUCGGCGCGGGUGUGGAGUCGAUGACUCUGAACUACGGUGCCGGUGUGAUGCCUCUGAAGAUGUCAGAUGAGAUCAUGAACAACUCGGAGGCGGCCGACUGCAUGCUCCCUAUGGGUAUUACGUCGGAGAACGUGGCCAAGAAGUACAACGUCACCCGCCAGAAGCAAGACGCUUUUGCGGCCGAGUCGUUCAAGCGCGCCGCGGAGGCCCAGGCCGCGGGCAAGUUCAAGGAUGAGAUCAUUCCGAUCAAGUACGUCGACGAUGACGGCAACGAGCGCACCGUGUCCGAGGACGAUGGUAUCCGCAAGGGCGUUACGGCCGAGUCGCUGGGCAAGCUUAAGCCGGCUUUCUCUGCCGACGGCUGCACGCACGCCGGUAACGCCUCGCAAGUGAGUGACGGCGCGGCUGCUGUGCUCCUCGCUCGCCGCAGCGUCGCCAAGAAGCUCGGUCUGCCUGUCGUUGCCAAGUUCUGCGGCGGUGUCACCGUGGGUGUGCCCCCCAACAUUAUGGGUGUGGGUCCCGCCUACGCGAUUCCCAGGCUCCUUGAGAAGGCGAAGAUCUCGAAGGACGACGUUGACAUUUACGAGAUCAACGAGGCCUUUGCAUCGCAGGCUCUCUUCUCGGUGGAACACCUUGGUCUUGACCUUGCGAAGGUCAACCCUGUGGGUGGCGCUAUUGCUCUGGGCCACCCCCUGGGUGCUACCGGCUCGCGCCAAAUUGCCACGGCGCUGAGCGAGGCCAAGCGCUCGGGUGCCAAGUUCGUUGUCACCUCCAUGUGCAUCGGUACCGGUAUGGGUAUGGCUGCUCUCAUCGUCAACGAGCAGUAA